CCGGAGAGGCGCGCGGCCCGGAGCCGACCACGAACAGGCGGGGCUGCGCGCGGGGCGGGGACUUCGGGGCUCGGCGGGGCGGCUCUGACGGCUGCAGGAUCUCGCUCGCCCCCCCACCCCCACCCCCGCCACGGGUCCGGCUGGCGCCCGCCCGGCAUGACCGACCCGGGGCUGCCGCCUCCGCCGUCGCCCCAGCAGCAGCUCCUCCGGGCCGGAGCUGCCAGAACAUCUGUUCCUUCUGCACAGGAGCUGUUGUGGGCAAUCCGGAGGCUCUGAAGACCCCCCCCCCCCAGCCACCCCUAGGACUGCUCUGCCUGCCAUCUCCCCUUGCAGACUCUGUUCCUUCUCCAUCAUGGGGGUUCUGUGAGCCCCAGGAAUCUGCUUGAGGCCUGGCUGCCAGUGCCGCCCUUCCCAGACCAUGUGGCGGUCAAUCCUCCUAUGUCCGCUCCUCUUCCCCUUUCUGCAAGUGCCUGAGGCAGCUGUCGGGUGGGAAGUGCGCCUGGCCCUGUGGAUUCUCAGUUUUGCCUCCUCCGUGGUACAGAUGGAGAGCCAGGUGUAUUCGCCCACCGUCAACACGCACUACGGGAAGCUCCGUGGAGUGCGGGUGCCGCUGCCCAGCGAAAUCCUGGGCCCUGUGGACCAGUACCUGGGAGUGCCCUAUGCAGCGCCUCCUGUUGGGGAGAAGCGGUUCAUGCCCCCAGAGCCACCUUCCUCCUGGUCAGGGAUACGGAAUGCCACCCACUUCUCCCCAGUGUGUCCACAGAACAUCCACACGGCCGUGCCUGAGAUCAUGCUGCCCAUCUGGUUCACGUCCAACCUGGAUUUUGUGGCUACCUAUAUCCAAGAUCCAAACGAGGACUGCCUGUAUCUCAACAUCUACAUCCCCACAGAGGAUGUAAAACGGAUUUCCAAGGAAUGCGCCAGAAAGCCCAACAAGAAAAUAUGUAGGAAAGGAGGCUCCAGUGCUAAGAAACAGGGCGAGGACUUAGCGGAUAAUGACGGGGAUGAAGACGAAGACAUCCGAGACAGCGGAGCCAAACCGGUAAUGGUGUACAUCCAUGGUGGCUCGUACAUGGAAGGGACAGGCAACAUGAUUGACGGCAGUGUGCUGGCCAGCUACGGCAACGUCAUCGUCAUCACCCUCAACUACCGUGUUGGAGUGCUGGGGUUCCUGAGUACUGGGGACCAGGCUGCCAAGGGCAACUACGGGCUGCUUGACCAGAUCCAGGCACUGCGUUGGAUCAGUGAAAACAUUGUCUUCUUUGGUGGUGACCCCUUGCGUAUCACUGUCUUUGGCUCAGGCAUUGGCGCCUCCUGUGUUAGCCUGCUCACCCUGUCGCACCACUCGGAAGGCCUUUUCCAGAGAGCCAUUAUUCAGAGUGGCUCAGCCCUGUCAAGCUGGGCCGUCAACUACCAACCUGUGAAAUACACCAGCUUGUUGGCGGACAAGGUGGGCUGCAAUGUCCUGGACACCGUGGACAUGGUGGACUGCUUGCGAAAGAAGAGUGCCAAGGAACUAGUGGAGCAGGACAUCCAGCCAGCGCGCUACCAUGUGGCCUUUGGGCCCGUCAUUGAUGGGGACGUCAUCCCAGAUGACCCAGAAAUCCUGAUGGAGCAAGGCGAGUUUCUCAACUAUGACAUUAUGCUUGGUGUCAACCAGGGCGAGGGCCUCAAGUUUGUGGAGUCAGUAGUAGACCAAGAGAAUGGGGUCUCAGGCAGCGAUUUUGACUAUUCUGUUUCCAACUUUGUGGACAACCUGUACGGCUACCCUGAGGGCAAAGACACUCUGCGCGAGACCAUCAAGUUCAUGUACACUGACUGGGCUGACCGGGACAACCCUGAGACACGCCGCAAGACACUAGUGGCUCUCUUCACUGACCACCAGUGGGUGGAACCAUCAGUGGUGACCGCUGAUCUCCACGCCCGCUAUGGCUCCCCCACUUACUUCUAUGCCUUUUAUCACCACUGCCAGAGCAUCAUGAAACCAGCUUGGUCUGACGCUGCCCAUGGGGAUGAGGUGCCUUAUGUCUUUGGGAUUCCCAUGAUUGGCCCCACCGACCUCUUUCCCUGCAACUUCUCCAAGAAUGACGUCAUGCUGAGUGCUGUGGUCAUGACCUACUGGACUAACUUUGCCAAGACAGGGGACCCAAACAAGCCUGUGCCCCAAGACACCAAAUUCAUCCAUACAAAGGCCAACCGCUUCGAAGAGGUAGCUUGGUCCAAGUAUAAUCCCCGUGACCAGCUCUACCUGCACAUUGGCCUCAAGCCACGGGUGCGGGACCACUACCGGGCCACCAAGGUUGCCUUCUGGAAACACCUGGUCCCACACCUGUACAACCUGCACGACAUGUUUCAUUACACAUCUACCACGACCAAGGUGCCGCCACCUGACACCACCCAGAACUCACACAUCACCCGGCGGCCCAAUGGCAAGACUUGGAGCACCAAGCGGCCUGCCAUCUCCACUGCUUACACCAGCGAGGGCUCCCAGGAGAAGUGGAAUCCGGAGCAGGAUGGUGCGGGCACACUGCUCGUCGAGAAUCCCCGUGACUAUUCGACAGAGCUGAGCGUCACCAUCGCAGUGGGGGCCUCGCUUCUCUUCCUCAACGUUUUGGCCUUUGCCGCGCUGUAUUACCGCAAGGACAAACGGCGACAGGACACUCACCGCCAGCCCAGCCCUCAGCAUGCCACCACCAAUAAUGACAUUGGCCACACACCAGAGGAGGAGAUGCCGUCACUGCAGGCUAACCAGACGCACCAUGGGGACUGUGAGGCUGUGCCGCCUCACGACGCCCUCCGUCUCACCGCCUUACCCGACUACACACUCACACUGCGCCGUUCACCAGACGACAUUCCACUCAUGACGCCCAACACGAUCACCAUGAUCCCCAACUCCCUGGUGGGCUUGCAGACCCUGCACCCUUACAACACCUUUGCUGGCAGCUUCAGCAAUACCGGGCUCCCACACUCACACUCCACAACGCGGGUAUAGCUGCCCAAGCGCCCCGCUGUCCCAUGCACAUACGCCAUGCUCACUGGACCUGGCGCUGCGGGGGCAGAUGUGGCAAGCUCCUCUGGCUCGCUCUUUGGGGAUUUCAUUUGUAUCAAGUGCUUUGACUCUCCUAGUGCCCAGCAGGGGUAGCGGGACCCAUCCAGGCCCAACGGAGUACAUCCCAGCCAGGACAAAGGAGGCUAACUGUGCUCCAAGAGCCACCCCACCUUUUGCCCCCAAGUCCGACCACACCCUGCACAGGAGGAGAUCCGGAGCCUUUGAGGCUUUCUGUCCUGGAGGGCCUUCUGGAGCCAUGUUGACCCUGCUUGGGGAGGGGGGGCGGAGCUUUAACAGGCACCAUCCAAAUGGUCAUCCAGCUGUCAUUCACUUGUCAUCACUAGAGUUUUACCAAUCAAAGUGCCGUGGGAACUGCUCUCGCAAGCCGAGUCACCGUGAGAGGCAGCUGCUUGGAGUUGCUGGCACCGUGCCCGCGGAGCACCAGGCAGGCGUGGUCUGGCACGGCCCUCCCCCAAAGUACUGGUGAUGGGUUCUGGAGAGCCUGGACUUGGUGCUGGGUCCAACAGGUGCUGUCUGGUCCCCUACCCCUCCGACCCCUACCCCACACUCUUCGUGUUGCGGAGAAAAUUUCUGUUGUUUCUUUCCAAAAGAGGUUUUUUAAAGCAGAUCUUUAGUUCUUUAAACACUAACGGAGAUGCCUGUGUUUGGUCCUUUGUAAAGAUUUUAAACUAAGUGUUCUUGAUAAAGCCAGUGGGACAGACACACGUGCAGACACAUGAAUACACACACACACACACACACUCGCCAGCCACGUCUGUGCUGCAGGCCCCUCCAGCAUCAACCUGUGCCAAACCAAGAAACCAGCAGACUUCGCUCGGGGUGGGCAGCAGGCCAGAGCUGGCCACGAGACCCUUUUGUAUUUUUGAUACUCCCUUCUGUUGCCAUUCAUAUCUGUGAGUCUUACCCGAGCCACCUGGAACUGAAGAUGAGCAGGACCCCUUCUCCCUUCUUCCAAUGUCCCCAUUGCUCCGACCACACUACCACACUACCCUUGCCACCCGCUGUGCCAAAUCUCAACCCUUUCACAGGCUGUCCAAGCCUACCCUGCUAGCUCACUCCUCCUCUGCUUCCUUGCCAGCCCAUGACUUCCUCUGACCUCCAAUAGGCUGCCUCCUGUACCCUCCUCCUCUUUCUGAAUGGGAUUGUGCUGUAGUUUCUUCAGUGUACCUGGGUGUGGCCCAAGUGGAGAUGAGGAGAAGCCCUGGAGGAGGGCAGAGGCACAGCGAAAACGCAAUGGGGCUUGAAACAUGGAGGAGGACAGCUCUGCUCCCUCACAGCUGGCCAAGAGCUCCUGGGGUAAAAUCUGUUCCUUUAGGGGGCAGCCUUGCCCACUCCAAGAUACUGAGAGGGGUGAAAGUUGCAUUACGGAAGAGGUGUCAAGAUGGCUCAUGGAUUUUUGAGUGAAAGUCAUCCCACUAAUCAGAGGUCAAACUUGGUAGAUACGGGGUGGAGUUCAAAAAAGGUGGCUGAGGUUAACAGUCUUGAAGCAGAGCCUUCCAUUGGCCAGGAGCCAGGCUGGUUUGUAUCAGACUGCACUGCCACUGCCCAGGAGACAGGCCAGAACAUGUGGAUCCAUUUUCAGGAAGUGGCUCUCAGGUUGGAGAAGUAGAAAUGGGAGAUCUGGGGCCCCAGAGAGAGGCGGCUGUGAGGGUGGAGCCAAAAAGAUGUAGUCUGGCUUGCUCGGAAGCCUGGUAGCUUCUGCUCCACAGCCGAAGUAGUCAGAAAGGGGCUGUGGUGGACCCUUCUGCACUGAGUCAGCCCACCCUGUCCCUGCUGCAGACUUGCUGUAGAGGGCAACAUCCUACCUAGCAGGAGUAAGGACGGGAGAUGAGUGUUUCUGGCUGAGAAUGUAUUUAAGCCCUGUCAAUCACCUGCGCAGAGUAAAGAAUUCCAAAUAAAACGGAGGGGGUAUUUUUAA